AUGGCGUACGGCGAAGUUGACCAUCGCGGGGUGCACACAACGCAGGAGGGCAAGAGUUUGGGCGUUUUCAUCUGCUGGCUUCUGGGCAACGGAUGCCUCUUCGGGUACAACAGCAUGCUCACCAUCGAAGAUUACUUCGUCCACCUCUUCCCGAACUACCAUCCGGUCAGAGUCAUCACUCUCACCUAUCAGCCGUUCGUGCUCGUGGUAGCUGCGGUGUUCGCGUACCAUGAGGCGAAAGUAAACACCAGGGUGCGCAACUUGGUGGGGUACUCACUCUUCUUCCUCGGCUCGCUCGCUCUCAUCAUCCUGGAUCUUGCGACGUCGGGAAGAGGUGGAAUCGCAACCUUCAUCGGCGUGUGUACGGUUGUGGCGGUGUUCGGCGUCGCGGAAGGUCACGUCGAAGGUGCCAUGACCGGGGACCUGUCCUUGAUGUGCCCGGAGUUCAUACAGUCAUUUUCUGCUGGCAUGGCUGCAUCGGGCGCAAUAACGUCGGCCCUGAGGCUCGUUACAAAAGCGGCCUUCGAGAAAUCCAGAGACGGCCUUCGCAGGGUGUUGUUCUUCGCUGCGUCAUGCUUCUUCGAGCUGCUGUGCGUCGUGCUGUACGCCCACGUCUUCCCCAAGCUGCCAAUAGUGAAGUUCUACCGUGCAAAGGCGGCUUCCGAGGGAUCUCUGACGGUCGCCGCCGACCUUGCUGCCGCCGGCCUCCAAAGACACCCAAAACCAUCGGCUGAAGACGGCCCAGCCAUCCCUGAACGUUUGAGCAACAGGCAGCUCCUGAUGCAGAACAUUGACUACGCCUUGGACAUGUUCCUCAUCUACCUGCUGACGCUGUCCAUCUUCCCAGGGUUUCUCGCCGAAGACCUCGGAUCACACAGUCUGGGCUCCUGGUAUGCGCUGGUGCUGAUCGCGACCUACAACGGCUCGGACCUGAUCGGGAGAUACGUGCCUCUGGUGGAGGGCAUCAAGGUGACGUCUCGGAGAGGACUGCUGGCCGCGGUGCUCGCCCGGUACCUGCUCCUCCCGGCGUUCUACUGCGCCGCCAGGUACGGAGGGGAGGCCUGGAUGAUCGUCCUCGUAUCGGCUCUGGGACUCACCAACGGGUACCUGACGGUCUGCGUCCUGACCGAGGCGCCCAGACCCUACAAGGGGCCAGAACAGAAUGCUCUCGGAAACCUGCUCGUGUUUUGCCUCUUGGCAGGCAUAUGUUUAGGCGCUGUCCUUGACUGGCUGUGGCUCAUAGGCAAAGGAUGGUGA